CUUAAGUAGAAGUAGGGUUGGAUUUACUAUGAUACCCUCGGGAGGUCUUGAGCUACGUGUCCUUUUUUUCUCUCUUGAGUCUUGACAAAUGGUUUUGGAGCACGGGAAUGGAGAAAAGGGGAAGAGCCGUCGUACGUGGAGCGGAGGGCAGCAAUAUUUCCCUGCAGCAUUUUCUCCGUUUGGCCGCUAGCUUCUUUCGGCAGACCAGGUUAGUGAUCUCCGUCUCUUUCUUUCGCUGCUGGACAGAACGAAUGACUGGCAGUUGUACAGAGAAGCGGCUGCGAUUCUGGGCUGAAACUUCCGAGUUUGUUAGUGGAAGCUAGGAGAGUAGGUUUUUAAUGGGUGAACUUGACAUUUAGUUGUAGAUUGUGCUCAGUAGUGGGGACUCUUCCGUUACAUGCUGUUUGUGGAUAGUUCCCAGCGGGCGAAACUGUGUACUGGUUGGUGGGCGCGCCAAGUGUUUGACAAUAUGCCUCUGAGAGGAUAGUGAUAUGGAUAAUGUGCGUGCUAAUUGCUAUGUAUUUUAUGUUCUCUUGACUUGCUGUUUUGAUAAAAAGAUUUCAUUUUUCAAAAGGGGAGUGGAAUGAUUUGAAUUUGAACCCUCAACAUGCUUGUAGUUUUCACCUUAUGGUAUUGUACAAAGUUUCGCACUUCUGGUUUCAUGUUCUUGGGUUCAUAGUGAAGUCCCUUUUCCCUUUGCAUUGCCUUGCCAGUGUUCCAUUGGCGGUUGCAGACUUGCAUGCUUUUUAUGAUUAUGUCCUGAACCUUCUUUUUUGACUUAUGGGACUAGUAAUCUAGCUAGGAAAGGAAAGGGGAUAUGCGUUUUAGUUUUCAACUUGGUAUUGACAAUUGGAACAGUAAGGAAAGUUUUCCUUGUCCAGGAAGCAGGGAGGUUAUGUUCAAUUACUUAAUUAGUCUGAACACAAUUCCCUGGGGUUUAAUUUCUUAAUUUCUUCAUCUAAAUUAUAUUUCUUAAUUUGCCAGGUAUUAAGAAAGAUAUUGGAUUGGUGAUUGUCAUCUCAAUCAGUGAUUAAAGAGUUCUGCACAUGCUGCCCUCUUGAUUCCUGCACCAGAAAUCACAUGUUUAAACUUGGAGAUGGAACUUAACCAUCAGCUAAUGCUAUGUUCUUUUCUUCUGGCAUAACCUCUAAGAUACAGUAUAGCAUUAAAAGCCCCAUCUUCUUGUUUUCAAUUAGCAAUCUUUGCUCUUCAUCCUUCCCAUCUCACUCUAACAGUCUCCAAAGGACUCUAAUACACCAAAUAUGUAAUGCCCUUCACCAGGAAAUAAACCCUAAGCACCUGAACCAUAACCUUGUUUCCAAAUUAGCACCCUCCGAUGUGCAACCCGUCCUUAUUUCCCUCCACUCCAAACCAUGUACUGCCAUUCAAUUCUUUGAAUGGACUGAGCAGAUCCUACACUCACCGCAUGUCCCACAAUCCUUCGGUGCACUUCUCCAAAUCUUGCUUCACAAGCAUUUAUUUGGUCCCGCUUCCAGGGUGUUUGACAAGUUCAUUGAACAAUAUGGCAAUAAUCAUGACACAUGGUGUCGGCUCUGCGAGGGGUUUCAGGAUUCCAGUCCCGAAAGGACUAGUGCUUUCUAUGGAUUUUUUAUUGAGCGCUGUUGUCAGAAAGGAAUGGUUGAUACUGCUGUUCAGCUAUUUGUGUAUGUAUGCAAAAAGGGCAUUCAAGUGUCACCUAAGGUGGUCUGGCUACUUUUGGAUUGCAUGAUUGAGUUGCAGCUUAUGGAUAAAAUUUUAGAUCACCAUCAUGACUUUCGUGUAUUGACAAAUGGGGAUUCCUACAGUUUCUAUAAAUUGGUCAUGGCUGGGAUUAUCGGAAAAGGUGGAAUUGAAAUGGGUAUGGCGUUUCACAAAUCCAUGCUUCAGAGGGGGGUUUCUCUUGAUAUUGUCAUGUGUAACAAGCUACUGAAAGAUUUCUGCAUGCAGAACAAGACAGGAAUUGCCAAUGAAUAUUUUGAUGAACUGAUCAUGGCUGGUCCAGAGCCGAAUUUGAUCACAUUUAGUACAUUGAUUAAUGCAUGCUGCAAACAGGGAGAUUUGGACAAAGCAUUUCAGCUUUAUGACACAAUGGCAGACAGGGGACUGGUGCCUGACCUAAUUGUGUACAGCAUCAUUAUUGAUGGUCUAUUGAGAGCAGGAAGACUGGCCGAGGGAAAUAGAUUUCUCUCAGCAGCUUUGAAUCAUAACAUCAAAUUGGAUGUUGUUGUUUUUAGCUCUGUUAUGGAUGCAUAUGUGAGAGCUGGAGAGUUGGGAAGGGCUGUUGAGGUUUAUAGGAGAAUGCUGAAGGAAGAGAUUUCUCCAAACAUGGUCAGUUACAGUAUUCUUAUCAAAGGAUUGUGUCAAAGCAAUAGGGCCAUGGAGGCUUGUGGUGUUUUUGGAAAAAUCACAAAACAUGGAUUUGAACCAUCUGUUUCCAGUUAUUGCAGUCUGAUAGAUGGAUUAUGCAAAUCAGGAAAUUUAACCGAUGGCUUCCGUUUCUACAUGGAUAUGAAAAGCAUUGGACUCGAACCUGAUGUUGUUGUUUGUAAUGUGCUAAUCAAUGGCUUGUGUAAACGAGGGGAGAUAAAGAAUGCCUUAAGGUUCUUCUUUCAGGCAUUGGAACGAGGCUUGAAACCAAAUGUCUUGAUCUUGAACACCUUAAUUGAUGGUUGCUGCAGAUUGAAAUGGCUAGCCGGUGCAGUGAAGGUUUGCAAAUUGAUUGAAAUCUUAGGUCUGAAACCAGAUGUUGUCACCUACACCGCUCUCAUUAAAGCAGUUGCUAACACGCACCACUUGGACAUGGCAUUACUGUUAUACUUUCAAAUGCUGAAGAAAGGUUUGAAGCCAGAUGCUGUAACCUACUGCACCCUCAUUGAUGGAUUCUGCAAGUUGAACAACCCAUCUGCUGGAUUCAAGAUUUACCAGCUAAUGUCCAGAAAAGGUAUAUCUGCUGACAUUGCAAUAUAUAACGUUCUGAUCAGUAUGCUUCUCAGACAGCGCCAACUGAACAGUGCAUCGCAUCUGUUCGACCAGCUUCAAAACUGUGGACCAAAACCUGAUACCAUUACAUACAACACAAUGCUCUGCGGCCACUGUUUUCUUAGGAAGCUAGACGAUGCACUCCGCCUGUUCCACCGAAUGUCUAGACCAAAUGCCAUCACUUUCACCAUACUGAUCCAUGCUCUCUCUAGAGAAGGUAGACUUAAUGAUGCAGUGUCAUUAUUCUCAACAAUGUUGGAACGGGGUCCGAACCCCAAUGAGUUCACUUACAGCUGUCUGAUCGACGGUUACUUCAAAGCUCAAAACACGGGUAGUGCAUUCGAACUUUACGAGGAGAUGGUGAAGAACAAGGUUGUGCCAAAUAUUGUCAGUUACAGCAUAAUCAUCGAUGGGCUUUGCAAGAUAGGGUUGGUUGAGGAAGCGUCUUGCGUGUUGAGAUAUGCUUUGGACAAGAGAUUGUUGCCUGAUGUGGUGACGUAUACCAUUCUCAUUCGUGGGUAUUGCAAGGUUGGGAAGUUGAGAGAAGCUAUGGGAGUGUAUGAUCGUAUGGUGUUGAGUGGAGUCGAACCCGACAAUUUCUUGCGGAGAACACUUGAGGAGUAUCUCCCUACAGUUAUGGAGCACAAGAUCACUGAUCUUUAGCUAAUUUAGAAAACAACUCGGGUAUUUUGAUAAUCUCCAUGGCAACUGCUUGUAGGAAUUUCCUUUCGAGGUACAUUAUUUCGUUCGAAGAUGCUUUCUUAUUUUGUAUGUGAAGAUAUUGAAAUUAGAAUGUAUAAUUUUUGAAGUAAACUGUUCCCAGGGAAGAGAUCAUCCUCUAGGGUUGUUUCUAGGUAAGAGCUCUCUUAUUCAGUCUUCUUGUGUUAUUUAUGUACGAGGCAUUUUCCUGCAUUGAGCUUGCUGAAUAGAUCGACACAGUUUGCUGAAUAGAUUGACACUGUAUUA